CAACGUUCAAAUAUCUCCCCACCAUGCCUAAAAACUCACCAACUCCUUCCCUCUCACUCUUCCACCGCCGCCAUGCCCCCCCUCCUCAUUCUCGCCGCCCUCCUCUUCUCCGCGGCGCAUUGCCAGCUCGAAACCUACCCCAACUGCGACCGCACCUUCUCCUGCGGCUCCAUCACCAACGUUACAUUCCCCUUCCACGGCGGCGACCGCCCCUCCCACUGCGGAAUCCCCGAUUUCGCCCUCACCUGCCGCACCGGAAACACCACCGAGCUCGCCGCCACCUUCCGCGUCCUCCACCUCGAUCAGAAUCAGAAAUCGCUCCUCCUCGCCCGCUCCGAUCUCUACAACAACACUUGCCCUUCCCAAUUCCGCAACCUAACCCUAAACGCCUCUUAUUUCACAUACACCACUCUCCCCCAAAACGAGCAGCUCACUAUGGUAUACGGCUGCAACACAUCCGCCUUCAAUUCCACGGGGAGAAACACCACCGAAUUGAUCCUCGAGCGAGACAAUCGCAUCAAGUGCGAUUCCACUAAUUCUAAUCUCUCCAGCGCGUUUUAUUGGGUCGGCCCACUUCCCAUCGAUCCGAUUCUGAAAAUCAUGACCUGUAACAUUAGUGUGAUUGUGCCGAUGUUGAAGAUCGCCGGCAAUCGGCUGACGAACUCGACGCUGAGCCUUGGGGAGGCGUUGAUGCAGGGUUUCAACGUCAGUUACAGCGUGCGGGAUGAGAGAUUGUGCUCCCAAUGCAACAAUUUGGGCGGGCAAUGCGGGUUUACGGAUCAGCUCAUUUGCAUUUGCGGCGGUAGGGUUUGUCCUUUUCCUUUGACGCUCCCGCCGGCACCUAGUCCUGAGGAUGCUCCAGACGGAAACCGAAAUACGGAAAGGAGUAUAGGUCUUUUCAUAGCUGGUGCAAUUCUUACCGGUGUUGGCCUGGGAUGGUUGAUUUUCCAUUGUAGGCAAAAGAGGAAGCAGAAGCUUGCAUUGAUGUCCUCUCAGACUGCAAGCAAGGAUAUUCGUUCUUCUCCUUCCAUGAGAGGCCUACUUUCCUUGCCUUCGAAUCAUUACACCAAGAGCAUACCUUCGUAUCCAUCUACCAAGUCGGAAUUCGGUAGGGAAAGUUCAGAUUUUGGGGUGCAGGUCUUCAGCUGUGCCGAACUUGAAGAAGCCACUGACAAAUUUGAUCGUUCUAGAGAACUUGGAGAUGGUGGAUUUGGUACUGUAUACUAUGGGGUGCUUUCUGAUGGUCGAGUAGUUGCAGUUAAGCGCUUAUACGAGAACAAUUUCAAGCGUGCAGAGCAGUUCAUAAAUGAGAUUGAGAUUCUGACUCGGUUAAGGCACCAAUACCUUGUAACACUCUAUGGUUGCACUUCUAGGAGAAGCCAGGAGCUACUGCUUGUGUAUGAAUAUAUACCGAAUGGGACAGUGGCAGAUCAUCUGCAUGGAAAACGUGCCAAAUCGGGCUUGCUAUCUUGGCCUAUUAGGCUGCAAAUCGCCGUGGAAACAGCUGAUGCAUUAGCUUAUCUACAUAAAUCAGAUAUCAUACACCGGGAUGUGAAAACCACCAACAUUCUUCUGGACAAUGAUUUCCAUGUAAAAGUUGCUGAUUUUGGGUUGUCGAGGCUAUUCCCCAACGACGUAACUCAUGUGUCGACUGCUCCACAAGGGACUCCUGGCUAUGUGGACCCUGAGUACUACCAGUGCUACCAACUCACAGAGAAGAGCGACGUGUACAGCUUUGGGGUUGUGCUAAUUGAGCUCAUAUCAUCACUGCCGGCAGUAGAUACCAACAGGCAUCGCCAUGACAUCAAUUUAUCAAACAUGGCUAUCAACAAGAUUCAAAACCACACAUUGCACGAGCUGGUUGAUUCAAGCCUGGAACUCAACACGAAUGGCUCGGUGAGAAGGAUGGUUACGUUGGUUGCAGAAUUGGCUUUCAGAUGUCUGCAGCAGGAGAAGGAUAUGAGACCUUCGAUGCAAGAAGUGCUGGAUGCUUUGAACGGGAUCAAAAACGAAGACUCGAAUGCACAUAAGGUGGAAAUUGUCGACCUGUGUAUGGAUGACGAUGCCGGUCUACUCAAGGGUAGCAUGACAUCCAAGUCGCAAGAUUCGCUUCCUUGACACUGCAAGGGUGUUCACCACCAAUUUUUGUGGCGUUUGGCUUAAGAUAGCUGACAAAGCAAGACACAGGCACUCGAAAUUGAAUAUGUUGUUGAAUUCUUGAUUUUGCAGAUUCCCAGGUAUGUAAAAAUUCUCAAGGAUCUUGAAUUCUGUAUAUUGGAUUUGGAGUAAAAUGGCUUGCAGUAUCCACUGUCUAUUUUGGAAGAGUGCUUGAAUGCAAAUUGAUACCACAUUUGUAUAGAGUGUGACAUGUUAAAUGAACAAUUAAUAUGUCUAAUUUUGAUGUUUAUUCCUUUUCUUGUUGUAUAAUAUUUGCAAGUCAAGGGAAAGACGAUGCACAUUCCA